GAGAUGAGAACAUUUUUCUUUUUUCACGGACCAUUGUAAGCAGUCAGAGAGGCAAGCAGAGAAGCGGAGAAGAGAGCAACAGGCAGUCGUGUCCUGAGAGAGCUUGAGAGCAAUGCUCAGUCCACUGACAACAGCUCAACAUCCGGAGAGUAAGGAAGAGGAAGGUAUUUCAUACUGCUGUCUGCCCUGGGGCCUCAGAAAGAAUCUGCCUUCACAGCCAUGUCUGUACCACAUACCAAACCAGGGCCAAAGUUUCUCUACUGCAUGUAGUAUGAUUUGCACACGGACCCUGUAGUUCAUCUACCUUACCAUCUUUAACCUUCUGGAUCAAAGGAUACUACUUACAGUUCAUCACUGUCCAGUCCGCUCAACUUGUGGAAGUCACGGUUGCUGCAAUUCCUUUUUAGGACUCUUCCAUGCAAGUCUUGUCAAGAUGCUACCGGUAGCUUUCGUGACAUGGUGGGUGUUUAUUGGAACCGCUGGAGGUCAGUCACAAUCUCAACAACAGUCUCAGACAGAGGACUCCAGCCCCUGGAGACAGAUGAUACAAUGGGAGAAUAAUGGACGUGUGUACAGUCUUCUGAACAGCGGGGCUGAAUACGUCCCAGCUCGGGCUCAGGAGCGAGAAAGGAACCCCAGGGUACUUUUGGCUGACACUCCCAACCGCAGAUCACAGGGUGGAAAUGUACGUAGACAAGCACCUUCAAGAGGAAUCUCAGAGACUGUGAGAGGACAAGCCAGGCAUCCCUUCGGAUUUGGGCAGGUGCCAGACAAUUGGCGUCAAGGUGCUGUAGGGACAGGUGAAACGAGUCGCUUCCAGUCGCCUACUGGCACUCGUUUUAGACAAUCCUCUGGAUCAAUCUCCUCCUCCUCCUCCUCAUCAUCCUCUAAUGUCCCACCUUAUCCACAGUAUCCAUUGCCUCAACAGCCUUCUUAUGGUGCUCCUUAUGACCCUGUUUUGGACAGGUCACAUGAACCUCCUUUCCGUGGAAUAGGGUAUUCCACAGGCACCGGUGGUGGCCUUACUGGAGGAGGUUAUGGAGGGGGUGGGUACUCUACUGGCAGUUUUGGAGGAGGUAGCUACAAUGGAGGGGGUCCCGUGUCUCCAGAUGAGAGAUAUCGCUACUACCCCCCCUACGGUCAACCAUACCCUGCCGUUCCUCCCCAACCUGCACAGCAACCAUUCUCAGAUGGACUGGACCACAGAUAUAGACACAGUCUGUACAAUGAAGACUCUAGAGACUCUGGCAACAUUGCAGUACCUGUCCCUAACGGUGCAUCAAGCAGCACAGGGUCGGCAGUAUUCCAGCCUGCGGUGCAAAGCCCACAGUAUGAGCAAUUCCCACCCUUCGGAAGGCCCCAACCACAGCCUCCAUUCAUGCAACCUCCUCCACGGAACCCUCUUGCCUCCAACAAUGCAGAGAACCCUAACACCAAUGUCGGAAGUGUUUAUCGUCCUCAGCAAAGAGGUUUGCCUGACCUGGUUCCUGACCCGAACUAUGUCCAAGCCUCAACAUACAUUCAAAGAGCCCACAUGUACUCAUUACGCUGUGCUUCAGAGGAGAAAUGUUUGGCCAGCUCCGCCUAUAAUGCUGAAACUACAGACUAUGACGUCAGGGUUCUGCUGCGAUUCCCUCAGAGAGUGAAGAACCAAGGAACGGCCGAUUUCAUGCCUAACCGACCUCGUAACACCUGGGAGUGGCACAGCUGUCACCAACAUUACCACAGUAUGGAUGAGUUCAGUCACUACGACCUGUUAGAGGUGAGCACCGGGCGCAAGGUGGCAGAGGGACACAAGGCAAGCUUCUGUCUGGAGGACACCACCUGUGACUUUGGCCACCUAAAACGAUACGCUUGUACUUCACACACCCAGGGUCUCAGCCCGGGUUGCUAUGACACAUACAAUGCAGAUAUUGACUGCCAAUGGAUUGACAUCACAGAUGUUCAGCCAGGAAACUACAUUCUUAAGCUCCAGGUCAAUCCCAAAUACUUGGUGCUUGAAUCUGACUUCACCAACAAUGUAGUCCGGUGCAAUGUCCACUACACGGGACGCUUCGUCAAAACAACAAACUGCAAAAUCUCUCAGUCAUGAUCUGCCAGGUCUGGAGGCACAACGUGGAUGAAUCUCCAAGCGCUGUUGCAUUGCAAUGUGAAUGGUGUUGUUAUGACUGUUUAUUGUAUUUGUCUUGGUUCUUUUUUAUGUGCUGUUCCGGGCAUGUGAGUCCAUUGUGAAUCCGUGCCAAGAUGAAUAAACACCAACACAGACACACUGAACCAACUUCCAAAGCAUAUGGCAAACCAAUGUCUAUUUUCCUUCCAGCCAACCCAUUAAUAAAUAAACACAUACACAUUGCCCUCAAUAACUCUGAAAUCUUAAGCAUUUUUAAAGUGAUUACAUCUGGAAAUUAAUGUAAAACGCUACCCAAAUGGCCAGGUAUGGUGCUAUUGAACUAUAGGUCUGUAAUUCAAAUUUGGAAAAAAACAUCAUGUACUGUUUUAAGGAGUAAAAAUAACUAGAAUGCAUUCUCUUCUUUCCCCGAGCUUCUCUCCUUUGUACAGUUCUGUACCGCUUUGGCAAAGAUACAAAACUGAAUAAAGCUGAUUGAGAGAAAGACCAACUUGUCAAUCAUCAUCCAACAUUACCAAAUAGGUAAAAGUGGUUUCAGCAAAAUAAGGGAUCUGCAAAAACGGAUUAGGGAGUAAGGCACUUUGAAUAAAAGCCUUGGAUUCAAAAGUCUUCAACUAAACCUGCUUCAAUUUACAUUUGGUUGGAAUGUUGCAUUGUAUCAGUCCAAUAAUAACCCAAUAAUGCAAACUAGUAAACAUUCAAGUGGAUGCUGAAGUGUCAGUAUAGCAAAAAUGUGGUUUCCAUUGAUUUCGUUGGGCUUGGAAUGAGUUUAAGAGGUGAUUAGCUUGUAAAUCUUGAGCUAUACAUCUACUGUGUAAAUGUUGACGUCCAUCAUGUCUGUUGAACUGCCAAAACUGGUCAGAUGCCACAAGUCAGCGUUUGUUUUCUAUGCUACAGUUAACCCACUGAUGCAUGCCAUUAGCUAAACAAAAGAUGCAUUUAUUUAAACUGAUUGAAUUCAUAUACUCCGUUUUUUAUGUACUGUGUAGGGGGAAAUGCUGUUACAUUCCAGGAAUUCGUAUUUGUAUCUGAAAUCUAGAUGUGUGCCUUGAUUUGUUAACUAGAAUACAACUAAGAUUAUACUACUGUUGAAAAGCUAACAUUGCAUAACUUGAUGUUACAGACGAUCUUAAUAACAUCCGUACCUACCUCGGAAUAAGAGACAUAUGACUUCAGUUUAGCAUACAGUGAGAAAGAUUCCCCUCAUAUGCUACACUUGAAGGGCAUCACGCUUCCAUCUCCAUAUUCUGCAUCAUAUGCUAAUAAGUAGUUACUCUAUAAUCAUCAGCUAUACAUUUGGUGAAGUGUAUACAAACCUUAGCAGCAAGUUUUCUAUGAUGGUCGUCGGAGAUAUGACGUUCCUUGAACAAAGCAGUUAUGUUAUUGACUCCACCUGGUUUCUGGAAACAAAGUCAGAUCGAUUUCCAUUAUCAAGAUACAGAUCAAAUUCAGAACAGAAUUUCGGAUUUAUAUUCUUUUAUAUCCUGUAUAAAUGAUUAUUGUAACAUUGUUUAUAAUGUAGACAGUAAAUCGGUGUCCGUCUGAUAUCUGGAUUGUGGUCCAAUACAGGUGCACACAUCAGACCACACAUCGAGCUCCUUGUGCUGUUUUUAUUGUUGUGAUUUCUUUAUUUGUGGAGAGUUCAUACGGAAUCUUUAAAUAAAGACUAAAGUGUAUCAAUUCA